AUGUUCAGCAUCCUGCAUUGUGAGCGUGGCCAAGGUUUUAACCAGAAAUCAAAGCUUCUCACACACCAGAGGACACACUCAGGAGUGAAGCCAUACGUUUGCAUAGAGUGUGGGCGAGGCUUUAAAUGCAAAUCAGGCUUACGCUCCCAUAAGAAGGCACACUCAGGGGAGAUGCCACAUGUGUGUGAAGAGUGUGGCCGAGCCUUUGACCGGAAAUCAAGCCUUCUCACUCACCAGAGGACACACUCAGGGGAGAAGCCCUAUAUUUGCAGUGAGUGUGGCCGAGGCUUUGCCCAGAAGUCAGGGCUCGUUUACCACAAGAACACACACUCAGGGGAGAAACCUCAUGUGUGCCAGGAAUGUGGGCGUGGCUUUAACCGGAAAUCAAACCUCCUCAGGCACCAGAGAACACACACUGGGGAGAAGCCAUAUCCAUUUGUUUGUGGUGAAUGUGGCCGAGGCUUUAAAUGGAAGUCCAAUCUAUCUGUGCACAAGAGGAUACACUCAGGGGAGAAGCCACAUGUGUGCAAGGACUGUGGGCGAGGCUUUGCUGGUAAGUCUGCCCUCAGUCAUCAUCGGAAGACACACUCAGGGGAGAAGCCUCAUGGGUACAAAGAAUGUGGCCAAGGAUUUGCUCGAAUGUCAGGCUUGCUCUGCCACCAGAAGACACACUCAGGGGAGAAGCCAUUUGUUUGUAGUGAGUGUGGCCAAGGCUAUGCUGAGAAGUCAAACCUCUUUAAGCACCAGAGGACACACUCAGGAUAG